AUGUCUUCAGCAUCGAACCUCAACCGACUCUCAUCCUCAUCAUCCAACGGACAGCCCAAGAAUAGCCCCGCCGACAACCAUACCAGCGCCCAUCUCCCCAAGAAACCCAGUCUCACGACCGCCAACUCGCAAAACGCCCUCCUCAGCAACCCCAACUCGGCCUCCUCCGCCAACCCUCUCCACUCCAAGCGAAACACCCCCACCCUCGGCGUAUUCCCAAACUCCAUCUCCCAGUCCCCCGCCUCACCUAACUCGCUAGGAUUCGGCAAAUCUUCCUUCCAGACCUUCGGCAGAGUUGGUGAUCACUCUCAGCCCCCCUCCCCCGGCAUCUUCAACAGCAAUAGUAAUAACCUAUCCAACCUCAAAAAACCCUUCCAUCAACUCGCCCAACAACAAUCUACCGGAAACCAUACCUUUCAAAAUAGUCCAGCAAACCGUCCAAGAAAAUUAGGAUCGUUCAAUUCGUUGGCAGCCAUCACGUCGGCGACGAACAGUCCGAUCUCAAGAGCAACGGGCGCACUCAAAGAUGAUUCGGAUGAGAAUGAGAUAGAGGAGCAGUCGGAGCAUGCGUCAGAUCCGGCCCAUCCCACCCUCGACAGCUCGCUCGCCCAACAUAAGCUCAGAUCCAAAUGGGUCUUCUGGCUCUUGCACCGUCCCCCGUCCAAAAAAAUCUCAGAGGAAGAGUACGGGAAAGCGAUGAGACGGUUAGGCUCCUGCGACACUGUGGAGACGUUUUAUUCACUGUAUUUGCACAUAAAGCGGCCCUCGAACCACCUCCCGAUCUCGGACCUGCACAUCUUUGUGGAUCCGAUCAAGCCUGCAUGGGAGGACCCGCUGAACGUAGGAGGGGGGAAGUGGACGAUACGGCUGAAGAAGGGGCUGGCGAACCGGCUCUGGGAGACGCUGAUCUUCAGUCUCGUCGGCGGCGGGCUCGAGAAGCUCAUCGCGAACCCGGACAGCCUCUCCGACGACAACGAAUCGCCCGCCCGCGAACACAAGGAGAUCUGUGGGGCCGUGCUCAGCAUCAGAAGAGACGAGGACAUCCUGGCCGUCUGGCAUAGAACCGGCGCUCCCGACGUCGGCGGCGACGGCAAGAUGGCCAAACAAGUCAAAUUGGCACUCCAAACAGUCUUGCAGCUGCCCUUGAACUGCCACCUGGUCUACAAGCUCAACGCCGACUGUCUCUCGUCGAACGUUGCAGUUAGCAUGACGACGAUUGCCCAGAACAUCCAACAGAACCCCUACAAUAGCAACAAUAACAACAGCAACAACAACAACAACAACAACAACAACAGCCAUCACCACCACCACCAACACUACCAGCAGCAGCAAGGCCAAAUCAAGGCCCACCAUCCAAACUACAACCCCAACUACCAUCUCAAACAGAACCAUCGCUCGUCUGCUGGCUUCAAUAACCCCUCUCAGCCCGCCGACCUUGCCAAGCCUGCCGUCACCCAUCCGUUCUCCGCCGGCUUCGGCGCCCUCGGAUCGGCAUCCACUGCCGACGCCGCAGCCGUCGACACCGGCAAGAAAGAGUAA